GGUAGAGGACGCUUGAAUUCUACGAGUAGAGUCUUGAACAUGGACGCAACCUUUAUGAUCGAAGGAAAAACGUAUAUAAUAACUCUUGUGGCAUCAAAGGUCGAUCCAGUCUUUGGUCUGCGAAGAUCUGCGACUGAAAUCUAUCUUCAGGUGGCCUUAGGGCUGCCGCCUUCUCUACAAAUGAAAUGUCUUAAGAACUGCCAGGAGAAAGUGAACCCGGAUGAGAGAGUGACAGCUAAAGCAUUUUGCACAACAAAUUGUUAUGGUCAGUUGGCGUUCAAAUGGAGGUUAUACUGGUUUGACAGGGUCGACAUGACGGAACCAUUUGAUCUGAGCGAGUUAAACGAGGUGCCUCUGGAGACGUUGAGUAAUAUGGUGACUAACCCCGUUGAUGAACUUGAACUGGCAUUUAAGUCAAACACUUUAAAACCGGAGAGAAAAUACAUCUUGCAACUGAAGGCGACACGACCAAAUAAAGUGUUUGGAGAACUCAGAUACACAAUGCUUAUGAACAACGCACCAAAAGAAGGCGAAUGUGAUAUCCAACCAAAAACGGGCGUCGCUAUGACAACUAUGUUCAACCUAACCUGCAUGAAUUGGACGGACCCGGAUCCACCGAUCAAUUACGAGUUUUCUUACAAGCUGAAGGACGUCAAAACGGUAUUCUUCUCUGCGACUCUGAGAACCUCGCAGAUCCUCGUCGCAAGGGAGAAUUUGCCGAUCGGGGAUCCGAAUCGAAACAACGAGAUCGAUAUCUACGUGAACAUCAAAGACAGAUUUGAAGGAGAAACUGAAUUGCAUUUCAUUGUGAAGGUGGAUCCUCCUGGAGGAGAGCUUGGUUUGUCCAGCAUGGAUAGCAUGCUAUCGGGCGAUUCAUUGAGCAAAAUGAUUGCCGACGGUGACCCACAGAAAGCGCUGGCAAUGGCAGGAGUUUUUGCUUCUGUCUUGAAUCACAUCAAUGGGAAUGAUUCGACUUCAGGGAAUCUGACGGCCGAAGAACAAGAAAGGAAAAAUAACGAGAGCCAACAAGUCGAUGAGUUCAAACAAGCCAUUAUGAAAUCUCUUUUUGAUGUAAAAGUCGAAAAUAUGGACACGUUGUUACAGAUAAGUGGAAUAACGCAAGCAUUGACAGACAAUGCUGAAAAAUUAUCGCCAACUUCGCAGGAAUAUGGUUUGAUGCUGAGCAAUGCUUCCGUGACAAGUUUAACAAAACUGUCUAAAGGAGAAAGUUCAUUUAAAAAUGUUGACUCGGCAGUCACGAAUUUAGCCAAUACAAUUGGACAACUCGUCGUUGCAGCCACAAAACCUCGCGACGAUCAGAACGGCACAAUAAACAACGAAGAGAUCAUUCGCGCUCAAAAAUCCAUCUCAAUGAUAAGUGACCUUCACGAUGCCAAAUUGCGUUACCUCGUGACGAACGAAGGACCGAGCACAAGCAGUACUAAGCACAUGACUCUGCAGAGCGAGAAGGUAUCAAUAAGAAAUAUGGGAAAGAAUGGAAACUCUGCAAGUAACUGUAGCUUCAAGACACCGAGUCCAGAGGUGUUCGGUUUUGGCGACAUUGUCAAGGAUAUUAACGCCACAAUUUCACAACUAGACUCAGUCACAAUAAAGGUAUACGAGAUACAUUCGAAAAACGACUAA